GCGGGCGCGAGACGCGCGGCGCGAGACGUCCUCUCCCAGCUGAGCGCAGAUCUGCAUCGCGCGUCGCUCCUGGAGGGACGCGGGAGAAGGAAGCCAUUCGCGCCACAGAGCAGCUCGCAGCUCCGCGCACACACUCCUUCUUCUCCUCAGUCUCCCGGAGUGGCUUCUCGUCCACAAGCAGAAUUAAUCUUGCGGGACGUGGCUGAUCCUUUUUUCUUUCCCUCCCCCGGUGUUUCCUGCCUGAUGUGAGGACAGCCGCGGUCCGGGAGCACGACGAGAAAAGCGAUGGGUGCCUUCGGAGCGCUAGUAGGGAUUUUGCAUUGCAUGGGACUCUACGUUCAACUGAGUGCCUCUUCCAGACAAGGUGGGCACGGCGAGGUGGAGAACCGCAUCUCCGGAAACGCGUUCUUCACAGAAGUGCCCCAUGACAUCAAAACACAGAGCGGGCAGGAUGUGGAGAUGGCCUGCUCCUUCCGUGGAGCAGGGUCCCCUUCCUACUCGCUGGAGAUCCAGUGGUGGUACAUCAGGAACAGAGAAUGGACAGACAAGCAAGCUUGGAUGACUAAUGAGGUAGUGGCCCAAGAUGAGAUGAUAACAGAUGCUACCAAAAUAAGUGUUGUAAAAGUUGCUGGAAGCAACAUUUCCCACAAGCUGCGGUUGUCCAGCGUCAAGCCAUCCGACGAGGGCACGUACGAAUGCCGGGUCAUUGACUUCAGCGACAGCAAGGCCCAGCACCACCGGGUGCGAGCAUACUUGCAGAUAGAAUCUGAUCAGAGCUCAGCCCUCCGUGCUCAGACAGCCAACUUCGGGGCCCACCCGUCGGAGCACACCCAGCACCGGCCAUCGCAUAGCCACCAAAAAGGGGACAGGAAGCUGAGGGAGCCCUCAGCUGGCAACCCCACUGACUGCACUGAUGGCUGUGUCCUUUAGAGCAGCUCUUAGUCGAUCGCCAGAUGCCGCUCUGUGUAUAUUGUACAAUACCGCGGGAAGAAAGAGUGCAUGUUCUAAAACUUUAUAGGAAGGUUCUUCAUUUAUUCAUAGAUGCACAGUUACAAUGAAAUUGUUUUGCUUUUGCCUAAUUCAUUUAUUUGCAAUUCUUUUCAAGUUUCGUGGACACUAUGUGAAACAAUUUUUUAAUUCUCUCUGUGCAUAAUUUCUACUUUGCAGCAUGGCAUACGGUUUUGCUUUCUCCAUAUUUUUAUGACAGUAAGCAGUGGGGUCUGAUGGGAAAUUUGUUAUGUAGCUCAUUGUGAAAGCUCUCGUUCGGUAUCUGCAAAGGAAGAUUUUCUUUCACGCACCACAUUUUCCUUGAUCCUUGGCAAACACAGUUAAAAGCUGCAGUCAUUUAAUGUUUCAUGCUUUCUCACAAACGAAAUAUCUAUUAAGCUUUGUGAGCAGUAUGUUUGGAUGGUUCUUUUGUUGUUUCUACAUUAUGCCUUGAUGUUUUGUAUGAAUAUGUGUAAAGACAAAUGUACGUUUUUAAACAAAACUUCUAGAAUGUUGACUCAACCAUAAAUGUAUGCCUUCAGUACAUUAAAUGAACUGUAAAUGAUCCCAAACCAAUACUUCUGUGUCUAGUGUUAUCUUUGUAAUAAUAAUGCAAUUGUGUAUUUCAUAUUUUCAACUUAAAUGUAAAAUGGUCUUGGUUUGAAAGAGAUGCCUAAAUAAGAUUUGGUUCAUUUGUUAGAGGUUUGAUUACCGUUUCGUUUACCUUACCUUCGAGUGUCUCAACUACUUAGACUUUCGGAUUUCACAUCUUUGACAACGUGAGUCAUAG